AUGGGCUUCUGCUCAAACGGUGGACGUUUUGACGCCUUCGAUUACGGUAUUGUACCAUUGGGAGAAUGGUGUCAGCUAGAUGGGGCGUGGAAGGAAUCAAAAUGUCGUGCGGGACUUGAUUGGUACAAUUUUGACCCAGAUUCAAGUUCCACUUUAGUUGGGGCUUGUAAUCUCCGGCGGGGUUUAUCCCCUUUACAGACAGAACUGGAGGCUUUAGUGUGGGAUAUGCAAAGUAUGCUAGUUAACAAUAAACGGCGAAUGAAUUUUCAAACAGACUGUGCAGAUUUGGUGAAGAUGGUGUCCAAACCCAGAGACUGGCCAACGUUUGAAAUUUUGCUUGAAGAGGUGGAGAAGUGCAAGAGGAAGUUCCAGGCGUUCUCUCUGACCCACAUUCCUAGGACAAAGAACACAAAGGCGGACAAGCUAGCACGACACUACAAGAAAUGUCCUCUUUGUUAG